AUGCCUGUUCAGAUUCUUCGAAAGCCAUCACAAACUAGUAUCGCCAAUUCUCAAGCAGUCAGUGGACCUGAAAGCUUUUUACGACCAUCUAAAGAACACGUUUUGUACUGGCUUUCCACCUGGCCGCGACGCUCUGCGAUCCUCGUCCUUCUUCCUUGCGCAGUCGUGUGGGUUUGGUGCAUGCUACCCUUUCCAGUCCUCGAUCCGUACGAUAUUGAUGAGAAAUCUCCCAGAUGGAAAUGGCCUUCGGACGCGCUGGUCCAUCCGAGUACGCCAUUUGAUCAACGUCUCAACUUCAAACCGCCGUUGCCCCCGGACUACAACUUCUACUUUUUUGUGCUUUUCUAUUUUGGCUUCUACUUAUUCAUCGGCUUGAUGUUUAUCACCAAGCUUUUCGACCUAUAUCGCCUGAACUGGUGGCCAAAAAAGCUGGGAGCUACGUUCACCUACAUUCUUACGUGGGCUGGUAUCAUUGGGCUAGGAGUCGGUCUUCAUCAAUUCAACUUCAUCAAUGGUUACCAAGCUGGGAAGGGAAAAGAGUGGAAUUAUGAUUGGGAGCGUAAGACGGGCUGGGUGGUAUUAGAGUUCUUCGGGAUGAUGAUGCCAAUCUUUGCUUGCUUUUUGAAGUUGAAGGGUGAUCGGCGUGGGUUUUAUCGUCGAAGCAUGACAGAAACCCAGAAAACAUUUUUGGAACACGUCUUGGGUCGACGGAUACCUUACUCCUACAUCCGUUUUCUCUGGUUCCUUUCCUGCUUGGUCAUCGCCAUUGUCUCACUAAUCAUCGGCCAGGGCUUUGCAUCGAUCUAUCUCUCAACCUUACCUCAUAGCUCGUUGGACGGUCUUUAUUAUGUCUGGAGCUGGACAAUCACUCUCCAGAUUUUGAAUGGAAUUAGUUGUUGGAUCUUGGAGUUCAAAAUCCGUAGUAAGGCGCUAUUAUUCGUCUUCAAAUACUACUUCAUCCUUUAUGGAAAGUCGUAUGCUGAUCAUUUGGAGACCGUGGCUCAUGCUUUGUACAUCCGCAACUUGGCCGAGAAUGUGACAAUGCUAUCCUUUUUGGGGUGGUUGACUAUCCUUCAUUUUGGUCCCAACUCGAACGUCUACCCUUUUUUCAGGUUUGACAACCCAGACGAGAACGACCCCUAUACAUAUCGCCUCACUAUCACGGCCAGCCUGUGUAUUUGGACCAUUGAACUUGUUUCGAGUUUCUUGGCUCGUGGUUUAUGUUGGCUGAUCCACAAAGUCCACGUUACUGAUUUUUCUCAAAAGGUCGGCCUGAGCGAGUUCAGGAACUAUCCCGAAUUGGUACCUGCAUGUAUCAUCACCUCUAUUCAUGUGUUGUGUGACAUGUUGUUGCGUGCGUGA